AUGAAGCUUAAGAAAGUGGCUGAGGAGAGACUUCCCACGCUGAAAAUGUAUUCUGACAAGGCGCAGAGUCUGCCAAACACGAACUUCUCGGAUUCACUGAGGCGUCAAACAUACUGCGAGUUGAAAUCAAGAUCCGCGGAUGCUGCUUUACCUCCAGUAGAUGAAGUUUUCAAGAAGAUUAUGGAGCAAGAUCAAGAACUCACUUGCAACAAUAAAUCCAUAAUGGACGCGGUUCGUGGAAGCUUUGAAGUGAAGGAGAAUCCAAAGUUGAAAAAGAGUUGUAAGAGAUAUUUACGAGAUAAGCCGUCAGUUUCAGAUGAUGAGGACAACCGUAUGAUUACUUAUAAUGCCGAUGAGAACAAAGUUGACACAGUUGGAGAAGCAAAUCCGAUUCAAGAUUUUGAAGCCAUGAUAUCUCGUAGAGAUCACAGUGACUGGAUCGAUAAAGCAAUCAGCUGUGUCUUGGAACAGGAGCCAAAGCAAUUCAAUGAGUUCUUGAAUCAUCUAUACGAGCUAUGCCAAGAAAGAAACUUAUCCCAUUUUCUGAGACAUUUCACGUUGAAGAAAAUCACUCUGAUUCCCAAAUCUGAAGCAGCAGACAGUGAUGUUGCGGACGAGGACGCUGGAGAUUUUGCCGUCAAACAAGAGCCAAAGCUCGAGAGCUAA